AUGCGCAACCGCAGAUACAUUUCCAGGAAAGGCCCUCUUAUUGUGUAUGGUACGGAAGGAGCAAAGCUAGUGAAGGCCUUCCGCAAUAUACCUGGCGUUGAGGUUGCUCAUGUUUCGCGGCUUAACCUGCUGAAGCUCGCACCUGGUGGACAUCUGGGGAGAUUUAUUGUCUGGACUAAAUCUGCAUUCGAGAAAUUGGAUGAGACUUAUGGGACAUUUGACAAGCCAUCUGAGGAGAAGAACGGAUAUGUGCUGCCUAGGGCUAAGAUGGUGAAUGCUGACCUGGCUAGGAUCAUCAACUCUGAUGAGGUGCAAUCCGUGGUGAAUCCAAUCAAGGAGGAGGUUAAGAGAGCACAAUUGAAGAAGAACCCAUUGAAGAAUCUGAACGUGAUGCUGAAGCUGAACCCAUACGCCAAGGCUGCAAGGAGGAUGUCACUCUUGGCUGAGGCUCAGCGAGUUAAGGCUAAACAGGAAAAGCUCGAUAAGAAGAGGAAGCAGAUCACCAAGGAGGAGGCUUCAGCGAUCAAGUCUGCCAGCAAGACAUGGUACAAGACAAUGAUCUCAGAUAGCGAUUACACUGAAUUUGAGAACUUCUCAAAGUGGUUGGGUGUUUCUCAGUGA